AUGUCGGUUUUCAACCCAUUAACCAGCGAUUAUUCAACUCAACUAUUCGCUGCCAUCGGAAAAAAGUUGUACUUGAACUCUGAAUCGGCCGAUGUUCACUUUGUCUUCGAAUCAAACGAUGACAUCGAACGAGUGCCAGCACACAAAAUGCUCUUGAUGGCGGCCAGUAAUGUCUUCGUCACAAUGUUCAAUGGAUCGUGGAAGGAGAUGGAUAAGGUGAAAAUUGGCGAUGUUUCGGCUUCUGCCUUUAAGGAAUUUCUACAGUUUUUUUACAUUGGUCAAGUCAAGCUAACCAUGGAAAACGUCGCUGCAGUGAUGAAUCUCGGUGAAAUGUACAAUGUGACCGAGUGUUUGGCAGUGUGCACCAAAUUCCUGAAAAAUAAUCUCAAUGAUGAAAACGUCUGUAGUAACUAUGAAUUGGCAAUCUUUCUCAAUCAAGAGAGAUUGAAAAAGGCAUGUGAAAUUUUCAUUGGAUUGAAUAUCAAAGCAGUGUUCAAGUCAACAGACUUCCAGACAUGUGAUCGAAAGAUGUUAGCUCAAAUACUGAAGCUGAAUUGGAUGUCAUGCACUGAAGUCGAGCUCUUUGUGGCGUGCAUGACUUGGGUCAAGUCGGCGAGCAAGCAGGAUGUUUUAACGAAAGAGAUCGUACAAGCUCACCUCGGCGAUUUGUUUCAUGAAAUUCGCUUCGGUUCGAUGUCGUUACCAGAUUUCUCUGCACUGAUUCCAACGUAUGGAAGCACAUUUUCGUUUGAUGAGCACCAGGAAAUCAUUCAAAUUAUCGCAGACCCAACGUUUCAGCCAACAAUCCUCAGUGGCGAUCGUGUGGAAAGAUGCCAUUCGUCGGAACCAUGGCAUCGAAAUCGAAAAAUUCUCUGUGAUCGACUAAUUUCAAGUUAUGGUUCAUCUGAACCAUAUAAAAUCGAAAGCAUAGAAACAACCGUCUUCUCAACCAACGAAUCUCUUUUACUUCGAGCGAUCGAUUGUCCCCAAGUGCUCGUGUAUAUGCGUGGGCUAAAUUACUGUGCACAUUAUCAUGACAUGCCAACUAAAGUAGUUAUCGUGGAAGUGGCCGAUUCAGAGAAAGAAGUUAUCCUUUAUAGUGCAAAUGAAAUUCUGAAUCGUAGGAGAAAUGUUCGUAUUUUCCUAACUAAACCGAUUCUCGUUAGACCUGGUUUUAUGUAUAAAAUUCGGCUGGAAAACGGGCUACCAGAUGAAUAUGAUUGUCAUGCCGGCGGAUUAUUGAAGACGAGUGUUGAAUUGGAAUCAGGUAUAAUUAUACAGUUCCAUCGCGACUGCGUGGAUGAUUUUGAGGAUGAUUCAGAUAUAGGAACGGGAUUUCUUGAGGAUGAUCCAGAUAUAGGAAGGGGAUUAAUUGAGGGACUUCACUUCUAUAUAAUUUGA